GUGGAAGCGGUGUAUCUCAUUGCAAGCAAAAAUGUUCUGCGAUGUCGUGAUCGGUUACAUCUGCUCAUACUCGUACUUACUCUUUCCUACUUUUUUCUCUUCUGAAAGGUCCGUGAUUAGUCAAGCACCUUGCAUCCGUACAAUAUCGGACUUCGCUAAAAGCUGAAUUUCUUCCUCGUGUUGCUUUUCCUAAUGAGUGGAAAUUUAUCCCAGGGUUAUUCAGUGUUGAAAACACAUCACUAGUAUAAAGUUAUAAAACUCAUCUGUGUCCAGCAGAAUUCGAUAUAAUGCCAUCAGAAUUAAAGAUACCUGACCUUAAAGCCAAAAAAGAACCCGGCUAUCGAAGCGAUAUGGAAAAGUUUGGGCUAUUUCUCGAUCCUGGAAUUCUGAAACCGCAGACGCCCUACUUGAGCUUGCAACAAGCAGCGGAAUUUAGAACCGACAUGGCAAAGGGCAAGCAGUUCUUAGGCGCCGGACGAAAAAUAAAAGCAGGAUUACGUGACUGCUAUUUUGACAAAGUGGAAAGGCGAAUCUUCGAAGGGGACGGGACCUUCGACCCAGUCAGAGCAAGGCGCCAGGCCAACAUUGCCGCUCGCAAACUGGAUCUAGCAAAACGCUGGGUUCCUGCAAAAGGUCGUACUAGCAUCUGCGGAGUCGGGAAUUACUAUGGAACGUUUGCAGGACGCGUUGAUGCCUUCAGCGCAGCCCUACGAGAGCGACCUCCAAAGGGAAAAUAUUAUCCAUGUUUUGUGGCGGUUUAUCCAAAAUUCGGAUCCUACGGAUUCAAUGGUUACACUUUUGCGAAACAUCCUGAGCACAAGCCGGAUCCUUAUGAUGGAGAAGCAGUUAAUAAGGAUUAUGUCGAGGCAGCCACUACAGUGGAAGCGAGCAGAAGACGAAAUCGGAAAGCUUAUGUCACCUCUCAUAAAUCGAAAAAUUAUUUUGAUAAAAACCCUUAUCUUGUGGCCAAUCCACCAACGGAGCCUCCAACUGCUCCUGGCAAGCCAGUACCUGCCUUUUUGUUACCCAAAGCUUUUCGGCCGCCGGGAAGGAUGAAGCCGAUGAAAGACAUGAAAUUCUGGGGAACGUUUCAUUCCGUCGACUACAUCCCUGGCGAGUACAAAGCUCCGAUGAACCCUUUCCGCUUAGACUUUUACGGCAAGCAACAACUGAAGGCUCCUUACGUGCCACCGGCAGGAACGAAAUCCGUUUUAGCCACACCUGUAUCUUUUGCUAAUAUGCCAAGGCAAAUGGACACACGCAGAUCAGACAAACAGGAGUUAGUCUACAGUGUUGCGACUAAGAAAGCUGUUGCUUUCCCCGGGCUGGAAACCGUUACUGCACGUCUGAAGACCAAAGGCAUAACGAUUUCACCAAAGCUGUACAGCACUGAACCUGAUCCAUUCCUGCCGCGCGGUCAACCGACCAUCGCGCCUGCCAGUAAACCAUGGUUUUGUUGAAACAUAUAGAUUGAUUUUCACGGGUACGUACCUUACAAGUUACACGACUUCAUACCACAUUACGGUGUGGUGCUGUUAGCACAAAAUUGUUACAAAUAUACUU